UGUGGGAAAUGUAGUUCAGGGCGAGCUCUGCGCACCCUCAGUUCUUGAAGUGAGGCAGAGGAAGGGUUUGAUUAUUCCUGCUUUUAGUUCUUGGAGGGCCUUUGUGCUGGUGGGUCUGGCUUUUCAAUACUCUGCUCUUCCCCAAGAACGUGAAAAGAGGAGAAGGAGAAGGGAAAUGACUUCUGUGCUCCUAACAGCCAGGUCCCAGAUACCACUGACAUUCCAAGAUGUGGCUGUGGACUUCACCUGGGAGGAAUGGGGGCUCUUGGAACCUUCUCAGAAGGACAUGUAUUGGGAUGUGAUGCUGGAGAACUAUGAGAAUUUUGUCUCCCUUGGUGGCCUUCCCAUUUGCCUCCCAGAUGUGAUUUCCCGGAUGGAAAGAAUAGAAGCCCCAUGGAUGGCAGAGGGAGGAGUCCUGGUUAGCACUUUCCUAGGUUCCCUUAGUCAGAAGACAAGAUGUGAAGUCAAGGCACCAACUCUAAAGCAGGAUAUUUUUGUGAGAGAAACAUUCCAAGGAAUACUUACAAAGGAUGGCCCCCGGCAGUCUCCUUUGGAAGAAACUCGGGCUCAUGAUGUUGAGUUAGAGAGGCAGAAGGAAAAUCAAGAGACACACUCUAGGGAGGACAAAAUCACUAAUGAAUCUUCUAGUGGAUGUACUGUAUUUGGGAGAAAGCUCAUCCUGGGGUCAGUUUUCAUUCCUCAACAGAGAGUUCCUAUAGGAGAAAGUCUCUAUAAAUGUGAUACCCUUGGAAAGAACUUAAAACAGGUUUUAGAUCCAUUUAAAUAUAAGAGAAUUUCCAUUGGGAAGAAAUGUUGUAAGGAUAGUAAAUGCAAAAAGCCUUUCAAUUACCAGUCAAAUGUUAUUCAUUACCAUAGAAAACAUGCUAAAGGGAAACUCCAUAAGUGUAACGAAUGUAAUAUAAACUUCAGCAGCAUUUCAUGCCUUACUGUUCAUCAAAGAAAUCACAGUGGGGUGAAACCCUAUAGGUGUGAUGAUUGUGGGAAAGCCUUCAUCAAGAAAGGAGUCCUUAAUAAACAUAAGAUAAUUCAUACUAAAGAGAGACAAUUGAAAUGCAAUACAUGCGGGCGAACCUUCAGAUAUUACUCAUGUCUUAUGAGACAUCAGAGAAUGCAUGCUAAUGAGAAACCCUAUAAAUGUAAUGAAUGUGGGAAAUGCUUUAGGCAAAGGGGAAUCCUGAAGACACAUCAAAUAAGUCAUACUAGAGAAAACCAUUUGGAAUGUAAUCUGUGUGGGAAAGGCUUUAGAUACCGUGCGUCCCUUAGGGUACACAAGAAACUGCAUAGUGGAGAAAAACCUUACAUAUGUAAUGAAUGUGGGAAAGCCUUUAGCCUCAAGGGAAACCUUAAAAGUCAUGAGAGAAUCCAUACAGGUGAGAUGUCUUUUGAAUGUAAUGAAUGUGGAAGGGCAUUUAUUCUGAGGAGAGCUCUCAAUAGACAUAAGAGAGUUCAUAGUGCAGAGAAACCCUACAUAUGUAAUGAAUGUGGGAAAGCCUUCAGGUGGUGUACAAACCUUAAAACACAUAAGAGGACUCAUACUGGAGAGAAACCCUAUAAAUGUGAUGAAUGUGGGAAAGCAUACACUGAUCAUCAAAGUCUAAUUCGUCAUCAACUGUUUCAUGCUGGAGAUAAAACCUUUCAAUGUGAUGAAUGUGGGAAAGUCUUUACCCACAAGGCAAACCUUAAACGACAUAAGAGGUCUCAUUCUGGAGAAAAACCCUACAUAUGCAAUCAAUGUGGGAAAGCUUUUAUUGCAAUGGAAAACCUGAAAAGACAUAUGAGAAUUCAUACUGGAGAGAAACCCUAUAAAUGUAAUGACUGUGGGAAAGCCUUCACCAGUCAUCAGAGCCUAAAUAAUCAUCAGGUAUUUCACACUGGAAAAAAAACCUUUCAGUGCAAUGAAUGUGAUAAAGCCUUUACUACAAGAGCAAACCUUAUUAUACAUAACAGAGUUCAUACUGGAGAGAAACCUUAUGUGUGUAAUGAAUGUGGAAAAUCAUUCAGUGUGAAGAGAUCCCUAACACUACAUAAAAUAACUCAUACUGGAGAGAAACCCUUUGAAUGUACUGAAUGUGGGAAAGCCUUCCGCCAGAAGGGAAGCCUUAAGAGACAUAGAAGAAUUCAUACUGGAGAGAAACCCUAUAAAUGUAAUGAUUGUGGGAAAGCCUUCACCAAUCAGGAAAGCCUAACUUACCAUCAUAAUCGGGAGAGACCCUUCCAGUGUAGCAAAUGUGGAAAAGCCUUCAUCCGGAAGGGAAAACUUAAUAAAGAUGCAAUAACAGAUACAGAAACAAAACUCAAUAUCUGUUAUAAAUGUGAAAGAGCCUUUAACCAGAAGGGAAACCUUAACAGACACAAAAUAACUGUAGAGAAACAUUCUGAACCUAAUUAACAUCUUAGUGGAUCUUAGGAGGAAGAUGAGCCUUAAAAUCUCAUUCUGCUGCUUAACUCCACUUGGAGCUUGGGAGCCAUUAUGUAAGAAAUGCUUGAACAGGGACAGGCUGAUGAUCAGGGUUAUAACAGGAGCUAGAAGGAGUUUUCUAACCCUAAGUCAUAUAGGU